GUAAUCAAAAUGUCGGCCGAGAAUGAGAACGUUCAGAUGAUUUCUGUGAAGGGCAAAUAUUCCACUCUGCAAGUCUAUAUUCAAGGAGAUUUGAAUGAGCGCUUUGGAAAAACUGUCAUUCUGACAGUUCACGAUGUCGGAACAAAUCACAAAUCUUUCAUUCGUUUUGUCAAUCAUCCUUCAAUGGAAAGUGUAAAGGAAAGGGCUAUUUUCUUGCAUGUUUGUGUUCCAGGACAGGAAGAUAGUGCUCCAGACUUUACUGCAGAAUUUCCUUCGCUUGGGCAGCUUGGUGAGGAUUUGGUUUGUGUUCUCGACGAGGUUGAUGUCCGCACAUGUAUUGCUUUCGGCGAAGGAGCUGGUGCUAAUAUUAUUUCGAGAUUUGCAUUGGUCUGGCCAAAUCGUAUAAUGGGGAUUAUUUUGGUUAAUUGCACCUCGACGACUGCUGGUUUUAUUGAAUACUUCAAAGAUAUGCUUAUGAAUUUGCGACUGGAGAGUGGCGCUUGGGACUAUUUAAUGAUGCAUAAAUUUGGAACGAGUGAUAAACAUGAGAAGCAACAAUAUAUUGAUGAAUUGAAGGAUGCGAUAAAUGCUCGAAAUUUAAGUAAAUACCUCUACAGUUUUAGCAAGCGAACGGACUUUUCUGGAAUUAUUGGUGCUAAAUUGGACAAGUAUUUUUUUUAA